AUGCCUUCUUACCUCGUCACCGGAGCCAGCAGAGGCAUCGGCCUCGGCAUAGUGACGAAGCUCCUCCAAGACCCAGGGAACUUCGUCAUCGCCGCGGUGCGCAACCCCGAGUCUGAGAGCAUCGCGACGCUCGGGAACGACCACCCCAAGGCGCGGUUCGCCGUCGUCCAGCUCGACUACUCCGACUACGCCAGCAUCGGAAAGGCUGCCGCAGAGGUAGCGCACCUCCUCCCCGCCGGGCUCGACUACCUCAUCAGCAACGCGGGCGUGAGCUUCCAGGAGAGCGCGAGCUUCGAGAGCAUAGACCUGCAGGUGUUUGAGGAAGAGCUCCGCGUGAACACCGUCGCGCCGAUCGAGGUCGUCCGCCAGUUCCUCCCGCUGGUGCGCAAGGGCACCGCGAAAAAGGUCGUCUUCGUCAGCAGCUUCAACGGCUCGCUCGAGUUCGCACCGACCGUCGCCACCUUGACGAUCACCUAUGCGAUCACGAAGGCCGGGCUCAACAUCCUCGCCCGUAAAUGGGCCGCGGUCCUGUACCAAGAGGGGAUCACGACGGUCGUUCUUCACCCCGGCUGGGUGGAGACUGAAUUGGGUGUGACCAUCAAAGACUGGUGGGCGGAGCGCAACCCGGACCUGAAGCCCAUCACCGUGCAGCAGUCCGCGGAGGACACCCUGAAGGUCAUCGCGGAGGCCAAGCUCGAGGAGAAGAUCAAGCUGUACAACCACACUGGGAGCGUGAUCCCCUGGUGA